GUCGGUAAACAAGUUCCUGACGCUCAAGACGCAAAACCAGACCGCAGCCCUGUGUGACAAGAUGAAAAAGCUUCUUGUGCUCGGUGUCGGUAGCUCUUUUAUCGGGAUGGUUUUGCUCGUUGUGGGGAUAGCGACGGUGGGGUGGCUGUCUGUUGACCUGGGAUUUGUGAAACGUGAGAGCGGACUGUGGCAGGCGUGUACCACACGGUACGGCGGUACAACGAGCUGUGCAGCCUACGAUAUGAGUCUGCUGAGCCGUAAUGACCACACAUACCGUGCGUUUGCCGUGAUCGGAGCUAUACUGGCCAUCUCCGGUGUAUUCACCGCAUGUUGCGGAGAGGGCUACGAUGCUGACAAAGGCAAGAAUGGCGGCGGUGGCUCCAUGAUUGCUGCAGGUGUUUGUGGUAUGAUCGCGGCUGGCGUUUUCAUCCUGGGUAGCGGGGGUCUGUCGAUGGCGUCACUGUACGGCUACUCCUUCUACCUGACCUGGAUUCAGGCGGUCUUCACGAUCGGAGGAGGAAUCGCCAUCAUUGUUGCCGGGGGAUCUGCAACAGUGCAACCUGGUGGCGAGGGCACCACAACAGUGCAACCUGCUGACGGGGGCCCGGCAACAGCGCAGCCUGUGUGAGAGUAUGUCUUAAAAAAAGGAUCUCUGAGAAGUGCCUAUGUUUUGCAAAGUAAUUUUUUGGUCUGUUGCAUUUGUGUGUCAACGACCUGCCAAGUUUUACAAUUGGAAAUAAACUUUAUGGAUAAACACAACAAUAAAGGUAUUGAUUGUGGCUG